AUGUAUCUUCUAGUGAGCGAGUACGGUAGGUGUGUGUGUGUGUUUUCUUUCUUGUCCUGAUGAUUUCUGUCUGCGUUUGAGAAGUGAGCCGUGACAAAUCUAGCUAAAGAAAACAUACAAAACAGGUAGGCCUAAGUUUUUUGUCUUUUUACUUUUGUACGAUGAAGUGAAAGAAACUGAUGUUCAACUUUAGAUUUCGGUUAAUUGGCAAGAAGUGUUGGGUUACAUGCAUGUACAGUGAGUCACUGUCACACCCUGGCUCUAGGGACUCUUUUAAGUUGAGCCAGGGUGUGUAGAGUUUCUAGUUUAGUUUUUGUAUAUCUAUGUUGGCUGGAGUGGUUCUUAAUCAGAGGCAACGAGUAUCAGCUGUUGCUGGUUGUCUCUGAUUGGGAACCAUAUUUAGUCAGGUGGUUUUCCCACAGUGUUUGUGGGAUCUUGUUCCGUGUUGGUUUGUGUUUUGCACCUGUGGACGUCACGUAUCGAUUUGUUGUUUUGUUCGUGUAUCAUUUAAUAAAUAAGUAUGUUCACCUUCCACGCUGCGCCUUGGUCCUCUAUAUCCGACGAUCGUGACAGUCACCCUCAACAGGAUGGAGACCAGUCUUAUUAUUGAAGAUACAGGCACUAGCCUUUGCUUGCAGUGUAGUUCAGUUUCAUCUGCUUAAAAUGUUGUGCAUGUACUUUUUUUCUAUACAUAUUUACAUGUGUAUUUUACAGUAUUUUCACAGUAAUUGCGUUGAAGUAAUUUCUUAUCAACCUAAAGUAGGAUAUAUGGGCUAAAUGUAUAUGGACUCAAAGAAUAUGGAUGAUUCAAGAGCCAUAAUAAUUUAGUCACAGUAACAUAUCUCCCCCAUAGAGAUGUCAUCAUUGAAUGUUGACAGCCGCCUUCUGCCAGAAGAGCAGUUCCUGUGCUCUAUCUGCCUGAAUGUGUUCACUGAUCCAGUUACCACUCGUGACCACACCUUCUGCAAAGCCUGUAUUAGGUGAACACUGGGAUAACAGUGAGAUAUGCCAGUGUCUGAAAUGUCAGAAAGUAUUCUACGUGAGACCAGAGGUCUCUACCAACUCUGUGAUAGAGGAGAUCUCUGUGCAUAUCAAGAGAACUCAAUAUACCAGAAUGCUUAGUUGACCCUGGCGAGGUUGCUUGUGAUGUUUGUUCUACAAGAAAGAUCAAGGGCCCUGAAGUCCUGCCUGGUGUGUCUGACCUCUUACUGUGAGACUCACCUGGAUCCUCAUCAGAGAGUGGUGAAUCUGAAGAGACACAAGCUGAUCGACCCUGUGGAGAACCUACUCCACAGGGAGUACUUAUUAUAUAAAUACUUAUUUCCCUCAUUAAAAUACAAAUCAAUUUAUAACAUUUUUGACAUGUGCUUUUCUGGAUUUUUUUGUUGUUAUUCUGUCUCUCACUGUUCAAAUAAACCUACCAUUAAAAUUAUAGACUGAUCAUUUCUUUGUCAGUGGGCAAACGUACAAAAUCAGCAGGGGAUCAAAUACUUUUUUCCCUCACUGUAUGAGUGUAUAAUGUUAAAAAUCCAGACAAAAAAAAAAAUAAAAUCUUUAUUUUGCAUGUGUAAGAUUUGCUAGACGGGAAAGUACAACAGGACCAACUCCACUUUAGGACAUGUUUAUUAGAAUAGGUGUGGUAAGUAAGCUGCAAUACUGUAUGUUUAUAGUCCAAAUGUAUCUCCCCUUUACCGACAGUACAAGGUGUGUCUUCACCCUUGUGAUUGGCAGAGGAGAUCACCAAUGGGUGUGUCACUUUACAGCACAUUUGUUGUGCCACUGAAGGCCUAGGACUUGACUUGAUAUUAUCCUCCUUGAAGGGCUGGCAGGUGACAUUAGCUUAUGAUUAUAUUUUAUUAUUAUAUGAAUAUCACUAGUAUUAAUACAUUAAAGUAUGAAUAUAAUACUUUUCAUUUCUGUGGUUUUCUACACUGUGGUGUCAUGCUGUAUGUGGCCGUAGAAGGAGCGCUACACUAGGAGCUAGAGACAGAUAUAGCUGCAGAGGUGCUCAAAGUACGCUGUCAUCUAACACAGGGUUUCCCAAACUCAGUCGGGUUGAAUAAAGAGAAACAAUACCCCCCAAAAAAUGCAUUUUAUAUUGAGGUUUUGAUUCUGAUUAUUUUAGGCUAUCUGGUAUAAGUGCAUGAGACUAAACUUCAGGGCUUAUCUGUACAUGCCAAAUAGCCUACACAGCCAAUCACCAAAUAAUGCUUUUGUGAUUGGGCAGAAAAAGUUAUCAGUCCACGGUGGCAAUAGGAACAUUGUCGAAGUUUAAUUCAAUAAGACAAAAGCUGAGAAAGGAGAGUUGAAAAUAUAGAGAAGGGAGGGCUACGAAAGUAAAAGUAAUGUUUUUAAAUGUUUUGGUGAAGUGGUAAAAGAGGAUGAUAGCAGUGCCAGCAAUGUUAUGUGUGAUGAUUAAGGCGCUAUACAAAUUCGACAGUCAGAAGAUGGGAUCUCAAAUAAAUCAAAUCAAAUAUUAUUGGUCAAAUACACAUAUUUAGCAGAUGUUAUUGUGGGUGUAGCGAAGUGCUUAUGUUCCUAGCUCCAACAGUGAGGUAGUAUCUAACAAUUCACAACAAUACAGUAAUCUAAAAAGUAAAAGAAUGGAAUUAAGAAAUAUAUACAGUUGAAGUAGGAAGUUUACAUACACCUAAGCCAAAUACAUUUAAACUCAGUUUUUCACAAUUCCUGACAUAUAAUCCUAGUAAAAAUUCCCUGUUUUAGGUCAGUUAGAUCACCACUAUUUUAAGAAUGUGAAAUGUCAGAACAAUAGUAGAGAGAAUGAUUUAUUUCAGUUUUAAUUUCUUUCAUCACAUUCCCAGUGGGUCAGAAGUUUACAUACACUCAAUUAGUAUUUGGUAGCAUUGCCUUUAAAUUGUUUAACUUGGGUCAAAAGUUUUGGGUAGCCUUCCACAAGCUUGCCACAAUAAGUCGUGUGAAUUUUGACCGAUUCCUCUUGACAGAGCUGGUGUAACUGAUUCAGGUUUGUAGGCCUCCUUGCUCGCACACGCUUUUCAUUUCUGCCCACACAUUUUAUAAAGGAUUGAGGUCAGGGCUUUGUGAUGGCCACUCCAAUACCUUGUCCUUAAGCCAUUUUGCCCCAACUUUGGAAGUAUGCUUGAGGUCAUUGUCCAUUUCGAAGACCCAUUUGCGACCAAGCUUUAACUUCCUGACUGAUGUCUUGAGAUGUUGCUUCAAUAUAUCCACAUAAUUUUCCUUCCUCAUGAUGCCAUCUAUUUUGUGAAGUGCACCAGUCCCUCCUGCAGCAAAGCACCCCCCACAGCAUGAUGCUGCCACCCCCGUGCUUCACGGUUGGGAUGGUGUUCUUUGGCUUGCAAGCAUCCCCCUUUUUUCUCCAAACACAACGAUGGUCGUUAUGGCCAAACAGUUCUAUUUUUGUUUCAACAGACCAGAGGUCAUUUCUCCAAAAAGUACAAUAUUUGUCCCCAUGUGUAGUUGCAAAACGUAUUCUGGGUUUUAUGGAGGUUUUGGAUCAGUGGCUUCUUCCUUGCUGAGUAGCCUUUCAGGUUAUGUCGAUAUAGGACUCGUUUUUACUGUGGAUAUAGAUACUUUUGUACCUGUUUCCUCCAGCAUCUUCACAAGGUCAUUUGCUGUUGUUCUGGGAUUGAUUUGCACUUUUCGCACCAAAGUACGUUCAUCUCUAGGAGACAGAACGUGUGUCCUUCCUGAGUGGUAUGACAGCUGCGUGGUCCCAUGGUGUUUAUAAUUGCGUACUAUUGUUUGUACAGAUGAACGUGGUACCUUCAGGCAUUUGGAAAUUCCGUCAAAGGAUGAACCAGACUUGUGGAGGUCUACAAUUCUUUUUCUGAGGUCUUAGCUGAUUUCUUUUGAUUUUCCCAUAAUGUCAAGCAAAGAGGCACUGAGGUUGAAGGUAGGCCUUGAAAUGCAUCCACAGGUACACCUCCAAUUGACUCAAAUUAUAUCAAUUAGCCUAUCAGAAGCUUCUAAAGCCAUGACAUCAUUUUCUGGAAUUUUCCAAGCUGUUUAAAGGCACAGUCAACUUAGUGUAUGUACAUUUCUGACCCAUUGGAAUUGUGAUACAGUGAAUUAUAAGUGAAAUUAUCUGUCUGUAAACAAUUGUUGGAAAAAUUACUUGUGACACGCACUAAGUAGAUGUCCUAACCGACUUGACAAAACUAUAGUUUGUUAACAAGAAAUUUGUGGAGUGGUUGAAAAACAAGUUUUAAUGACUCCAACCUAAGUGUAUGUAAACUUCUGACUUCAACUGUAUAAAUAUUAGGACGAGCAAUGUCGGCAUUGCAUUGACUAAAAUACAGUAGAAUAGAAUACAGUAUAUACAUAUGAGAUGAGUAAAGCAGUAUGUACACAUUAUUCAAGUGACUACUGUUCCAUUGUUAAAGUGGCCAGUGAUUCCAUGUCUAUGUAUAUAGGGCAGCAGCCUCUAAGGUGCAGGGUUGAGUUACCGGGUGGUAGCCGGCUAGUGAUGGCUAUUUAAAAGUCUGAUGGCCUUGAGAUAGAAGCUGUUUUUCAGUUUCUCUUUCCCAGCUUUGAUGCACCUGUACUGACCUCGCCUUCUGGAUGAUAACGGGGUGAACAGGUUGUGGCUCGGGUGGUUGAUGUCCUUGAUGAUCUUUUUGGCCUUCCUGUGACAUCGGGUGCUGUAGGUGUCCUAGAGGUCAGGCAGUGUGCCCCUGGUGAUGCGUUGGGUAGACCGCACCACCCUCUGAAGAGCACUGCGGUUGCGGGCGGUGCAGUUGCUGUACCAGGUGGUGAUACAGCCCAACAGGAUGUUCUCAUUUUUGUAUUUGUAAAAGUUUCUGAGGGUCUAAGGGGCCAAGCCAAAUAUAUUCAGCCUCCUAAGGUUGAAAAGGCGCUGUUGCGCCUUCUUCACCACACUGUCUGUGUGGGUGGACCAUUUCAGAUUGUCAGUGAUGAAGCUUUCAACCUUCUCCACUGCGGUCCCGUCAAUGUGGAUAGGGGUGUGCUCCCUCUGCUGUUUCCUGAAGUCCAUGAUCAGCUCCUUCGUUUUGUUGACGUUGAAGGAGAGGUUAUUUUCCUGGCACCACACCGCCAGGGCCCUCACCGCCUCCCUGUAGGCUGUCUCGUCAUUGUUGGUAAUCAGGCCUACUACUGUUGUGUCGUCUGCAAACUUGAUGAUCGAGUUGGAGGCGUGCGUGGCCACGCAGUCAUGGGUGAACAGGGAGUACAGUAGGGGGCUGACCACGCACCCUUGUGACGCCCCUGUGUUGAGGAUCAGUGAAGUGGAGGUGUUGUUUCCUACCUUCAUCACUUGGAGGCGGCCCGUUAGGAAGUCCAGGACCCUGUUGCAAAGGGAGGGGUUCAGACCCAGGGCCCCGAGCUUAAUGAUUAGCUUGGAGGGUACUAUGGUGUUGAAGGCUGAGCUACAGGCAAUGAACAGCAUUUUUACGUAGGUAUUUCUCUUGUCCAGAUGGGAUAGGGCAGUGUGCAGUGCGAUGGCGACUGCAAUGUCUGUGGAUCUAUUGGGGCGAUAAGCACAUUGAAGUGGUCUAGGGUGUCAGGUAAGGUAGAGGUGAUAUGAUCCUUAACUAGUCUCUCAAAGCACUUCAUGAUGACAGAAGUGAGUGCUAUGGGGCGAUAGUCUUUUAGUUCAGUUACCUUUGCUUUCUUGGGUACAGGAACAAUGGUGAAUAUCUUGAAGCAAGUGGGGACAGCGGAGUGGAAUAGGGAGAGAUUGAAUAUGUCUGUAAACACUCCAGCCAGCUGGUCUGCGCAUGCUCUGAGGUCGCGGCUAGGGAUGCCGUCUGGACCGGUAGCCUUGCGAGGGUUAACACGCUUAAAUGUCUUAUUCACGUUGGCCAUGGAGAACGAGAGCCCACUGUCCUUCGGAGUGGGACACGUCAGUGGCACUUUGUUAUCCUCAAAGCGGGCAAAGAAGUUAUUUAGCUUGUCUGGAAGCAAGACGUCGGUGUCCGCGACAAGGCUGGUUUUCCCUUUGUAAUCCUUGAUUGUCUGUAGACCCUACCACAUAGGUCUCGUAUCUGAGCCGUUGAAUUGCGACUCCACUGUCUUGCAUGUUUGAUUGCCUUACGGAGGGAAUAACUACACUGUUUGUAUUCAACCAUAUUCCCAGUCACCUUGCCAUGGUUAAAUGCGGUGGUUUGUGCUUUUAGUUUUGCACGAAUGCUGCCAUCUAUCCAUGGUUUCUGGUUUAAGGGAGGUUUUAAUAGUCACCCUGGGAACAUCUCCUAUACACUUCCUGAUCAACUCAGUCACCGUGUCCGUGUGAUGUCAAUAUUAUUCUCAGAUGCUACCCAGAACAUAUCCCAGUCCAUGUGAUCAAAACAAUCUUGAAGCAUGGAUUCCGAUUGGUCAGACCAGUGUUGAAUAGACCUUAGCACGGGUACUUCCUGCUUGAGUUUCUGCCUAUAGGAAGGGAGGUGCAAAAUAGAGUUGUGAUCUGAUUUGCCGAAGGGAGGGCGGGGGAGGGAUUUGUAACCAUCCCGGAAGCAGUAAUCGAGUGUUUUAGCAGUGUGAGUACUACAGUCAAUGUGUUGAUAGAACUUUGGUAGCGUUUUCCUCAAAUUUGCUUUGUUAAAAUCCCCAGCUACAAUAAAUGCGGCCUCAGGAUAUGUGGUUUCCAGUUUGCACAAAGUCCAGUGUAGUUCCUUGAGGGCCGUCGUGGUAUCGGCUUGAGGGGGAAAAUACACGGCUGUGACUAUAACCGAAGAUAAUAUUCUUCAGAGGUAAUACGGUCGGCAUUUGAUUUUGAGGUAUUCUAGGUCGGGUGAAAAAAAGGAAUUGAGUUUCUGUACAUUAUCCAAUCACACCAUGAGUAGUUAAUCAUAAAACAUACACCACUGCCUUUCCUUCUUCGCAAGGAGUUCUUUAUUUCUGUCUGUGCGAUGUACUGAGAACCCAGCUGGCUGUAAGGAUGGGGACAGUAUAUCCGGAGAGAGCCGUGAUUCCGCUAAAAAUGUAAGAAAUAACACACAAAAAAACAAAAUACUGCAAAGUUGCUUAGGAUCUAGAAGCAGAGCUGUCUGUGGGCGCCAUCUUCCUAAUAGGCCUAUGGCAUGUCAAGGGAGCUGUAGAUGGGUUAAAUGGAAACUUAAAUCUGGUCACUGACUGUAGGUCUAUAACCUCUCCCAUAGCCUUAAUAAUAACUCCUGCAGAAAAAAACAUUUCUUGAAUGAAAAUGAUACAACAAAUGUAGGCAAAAUGUGGACUUGGAACAAGAGUGGAGAAAUAUGAUGUCAUUCUUUCUGCAUCUUGAGAGAAUGCAAUGCUCUGUUAGAUACCAUCUCUAGAGGUGCUUUCUUCAUCAUAAAAGCUGAUAGUAUUUCAACCACAUAAAAUAGGCUAUUUGUAUUUAUUAAGGAUGCACAUUAGCUGCUGCCAAGGCAGCAGCUACUCCUCCUGGGGUCCAGCAACAUAAGGCAGUUAUAUAUACUUUAAAAUAUGACAUGGCAUUACAUUUCAUAACACUUUACCCAAUACAUUUAGUGUAUUCCCUCAAGCCACUACUCCACUAUCACAUCGUUUUAUCAUGUGUAUGUGUGCCUGUGUGUGUGUCUCUUCACAGUCUCUGCUGUUCCAUAAGGUGUAUUUUUAUCUGUUUUUUAAAUCUGAUUCUACUGCUUGCAUCAGUUACCUGAUGUGGAAUAGAGUUACAUGUAGCCAUGUCUCUAUGUAGUACUUUGCGCCUCCCGUAGUCAGUUCUUGACAUGGGGAUUGUGAAGAGACCUUUGGUGGCAUGUCUUGUGGGGUAUGCAUGGGUGUCCGUGCUGUGUGCUAGUAGUUUAAAUGGAAACCUUGGUGCAUUCAGCCGGUCAACACUUUUUACAAAAACAAGUAGUGAUGAAGUCAAUCUCUCCUCCUCUUUGAGCCAUGAGAGAUUUACAUGCAUAUUAUUAAUAUUAGCUCUCUGUGUACAUUUUAGGGCCAGCCAUGCUGCCCUCGUCUGAGCCAAUGGUAAUUUUCCGAGGUUCCCCUUUGUGGCACCUGACCACACGACUAAACAGUAGUCCAGAUCCUGUAGGACCAGCCUUAUUGACAGUUGUUAAAAGGGUAGAGUUGCGCUUUAUUAUGGACAGACUUCUCCCCAUUUUAGCUACUGUUGUAUCAACAUGUUUUGACCAUGACAGUUUACAAUCCAGGGUUUAUCCAAGCAGUUUAGUCACCUCAACUUGCUCAAUUUCCACAUUAUUUAUUACAUGGUUUAGUUGAGGUUUGGGUUCAGUGAAUGAUUUGUCCCAAAUACAAUGCUUUUAGUUUUUGAAAUAUUUAGGACUAAUUUAUUCCUUGCCACCCAUUCUGAAACUAACUGCAGCUCUUUGUUAAGUGUUGCAGUCAUUUCACUCACUGUAGUAGCUGACGUGUAUAGUGUUGAGUCAUCCGAAUACAUAGACACACUGGCUUUACUCAAUGCCAGUGGCAUGUCAUUAGUAAAGAUUGAAAAAAGUAUGACUCCUAGACAGCUGCCCUGGGGAAUUCCUGAUUCUACCUGGAUUAAGUUGGAGAGGCUUCCAUUAAAGAACACCCUCUGUGUUCUGUUGGACAGGUAACUAUUUAUCCACAAUAUAGCACAGGGUGUAAAGAUAUAACUCAUAUGUUUUUCCAUCAGCAGACUAUGAUCGAUAAUGUCAAAAUCCGCACUGAAGUCUAACAAAACAGCCCCCACAAUAUUUUUAUCAUACAUUUCUCUCAGCCAAUCAUCAGUCAUUUAUGUAAGUGCCAUGCUUGUUGAAUGUCCUUCCAUAUAAGGGUGCUGAAAGUCUGUUGUCAAAUUGUUUACAGUAAAAUAGCAUUCUAUCUGGUCAAACACCAUUUAUUCAAAAAGUUUUCUAAGGGUUGGUAACAGGCUGAUUGGUCUGCUAUUUGAGCCAGUAAAGGGUGCUUUACUAUUAUUGGGUAGAUGAAUUACUUUUGCUUCUGUCGUAUCGCGUCGAAUGCUGGUGCUCAUUGCUGUCAAACAAAGGAGUCCGCUCAUACUGAACCUUUGAUCAUAAGUUUAUUCAUAUCACAAGCUUUCAGCAUGAGUUACAGGUGUCAUGAAACCCCCGGAGAGCAGUGUCCUUGAAUUGUAAUGGCUGCUCUGCCUUCUCCUGCCUCCAGCAUAUACUUAUAAACAAUGCAAAAAGAUGGGUUGCUCCCUCUUCUAUCCAAUCACCCGUCUCCCCUGGGGCGUCACCCCACAAAUGGCUACUUUUGAACUAAGAUAAACAUUCACUCUUUGUUCCUCUAGAAUAGUCAUAAUAUUCAUACACGACAUAUCCCCCCUUCGAGACUAACUAAAAGUCUCGAAAACAAACAGAAUAGGAUUAUGACCAGUAACAAUUUAUCUUAUUGAGUAUCUUUAACAUUAAACCAAAAACCAUUCUCCUCUAGAGUGUAAAUACCUUUCUAUGAAAUAUGAAUAAAUGUUUAUGAAGUGUGAAUACAUUACUAUGAAAUAUGAACAAAUCUUUAUGGAGUGUAAGAGCGAAAAACUGUCUGGCAGCCAUCUUUCCAGAUAUCCAUCCAUCAAUCAAGACAGUAAAAUUCUCUCACGGUCCCUCUGCCCCAGGCAACCACCUAGGUACUCCCAAUGAAUUCAUAACUCUUUAUAAAUGCAUUUGAAACUAUGAUGCAAUUAAAUACACAUGAAAGCCCCUGCAAACAAAAUACUAUCCAAAAAAUGUCCACUCUAAGGCUGGUCAACCCAGUGGACCUCUCCCUGCCUAGACUCCCUGUCCCUAAGCAUCAACGAAAUAAACAAAAACAUCUAAGAUCCCCACAUGUAUCCAAUAACAUCAAAUAUCAUUCUACAAAAAUUAAUGCCUAAGAAUAUGACACAAAUUAUGUAUUACACAUGCAAAUAUGUCUAUAUUUCAUUGCAGACACUGGAAUGUAGUCCACUACACUUCAUCUCCUCCCGUAGUCUCCUCUUCUAAUGCAUUGUUGAUGAUGGAAUGGGAACCUUUCCACACCUUUCUGGUUCCAUCUCCUCCAGUCAUUCUCCUUUCAUAUUGUCCCUUCAUAUUGUCCUUGUUUGAGUAUUUCAAUCUCUACAUGUUCCCCCAAAUGCUUCUGGAAGAAAAUAAAAGACCAAACAGUAUCUUUUGCAAAACAACACUUUCAAAUUAAACAUCAAUAUCAACUAAGAAUAUAAAAAUUAUAUAUAAAUGAUGUAUGAAUCAAUAUAAAUGAUAGAAUAAUGAAAUAGGAUAAUGUGAUUCAUUCAUACACUUCCCCCCUUUGAUUCAUAAAAUCAUACUAAAAUCACACUAAUAUUGAAAAAAAAUGAAAAAAUGAUGAAAACAUCAAAAAGGAUAUUUAUCCAUUCAGUUCCACUUGUCCAUCUUCAUCCAGAUCAGGAACAGUCAACACCGGCAUCUGAGUGUUGUCUCCAGGCAUCACUACUCCAACCUAUCUCAAUAUCAUAGCUUUCUCAAAGGUCAGUAACAAAUUACAAACAUCACACACAGUGUUAUCAAAGCUGCUAUUAAAAUGUAAUCCAUCACUGCUCCUACUGGCCUAACUGAUCUUGCAACCAAGUCUUCGCUGACCAUCCAGCUCCUUCAGAUCUACCAAACGCAUCCCUUAUAUUCUUCAAUGCAUCUAUAACUAUCUGGAAUCAAAGUAUAUGUAAUAUUAUCAAGAUGAUCUGCCAAAGAUGUUACACCAUACCAUGGAAAAACUCCCCCCUUCUCUCUUAGCCUUAUCCUCCAAUGAUAGGCUGAAGACUAUGACAUGUCGCCAUGUCUCUUUUCACCCUAUUUCCAAACCUAGAUUUAGAUUUAUCUGUGUCCGGUGCUAUUCCUCUUUUAAUGGUAAAAGCCUCAUAUGGAAGCUUCAACGUUGACAUGUAACAACAUCCUGUCCAUCCAUAGGGUAAGAAUAUAUACGCUUUAUCACCACAAACCCUCCAAAUAUCUCUAAAAUUCCCAAUAGUUAUAUUAUCAGGCAAAAGCUAAUCUUUUAACCAUCAAAGUCCUGCUCUUCUUACUAACUGGAACAUAAAAAGUUACAUUAUAUUUGUCAUCUCUAACCUUAUGUUCAUGCUUAUCCAAAGUCAUCAUAUAAUCAUCACAAUCUGAUAUUCCCAUAAACAUACCCCUUACAUCAUAUGUUUUAUUAGAACAAAAACAACUUUUAGCCCUCACUGGUUUCACCUCCAAUGCUUCAGGGUUCGCUGUUACCUGAUUCUCCUUACCGUCUACAAAUUCCCAUAGGGUAAUUCAUUUAACCAAGAACACCUAAACAUAGGCUUAAACAAAUGUUUUGACAACGACAUUAUUUUAUCUGUUACUGACUGUUGCUGAUACCACAGUCAUGACAAAGCACAAGAUUGACACAUACUUGAUAGAGGUCGAACCCCACGUGUCUGGUGCUGGAAUUCUCAACAGACAUGGACCCUCAAGAUUCCUCACUGAUCUUACAGAAUGAGUUAACUGCUGGAACCAAAGAUUUCUCCCUGCCCAUUCAUCUUUAAUCUUCAAAACAGAAGAAUCAAAUCCAUAUGCUUUCCAUUUAGCUUCUCUUUUCCCUAACGAGCGGUAUUGAUCAGAUGUAUCUUCUGAUGUUAUGUUGAACUCAAAGAACUCAUCCUGUACCUCCAUGAUAUUAUCUUGCACUAUUUCAGAUGAAUCUAUAUUGUUCUCUACCAGUAUCUGCUGAGUCAUUCCUGCUACAUCCUUUAAUUUCAGAAAAGUUGUUGUCGGUGUCGGUGUCAUACUUCCUACAUUUGUUAUUGCCGUCGUACCAUUAAUUCCUUCCAAAGUUACCAUUAAAGUAGUUGAUUUAGUUGAUGAAUUAUCACCCUUAAUUACUUCUAGUGGGAAAGUUACCGAUAUACUCUGUGUAUUAUUUAUUGUUGGAGUGACUACUGUAAUAAACUUAUCCUGAACUCCUUUGGUGACCGUGGAGGCUACAACAGACCUCAACUCUUCCAUUAUAAGCGUUACUUUACGAAUUACAUAGCCUUUUAACCAAUAAUUCUUAACCGGAACAAAUUUUAAUGCUUGCACUAGAUAAGUACACAUAUAUUCUCCCUGAUCUUUCUCUGUAACAUUACGCAAAAUAAAUGAACAAUCACUCAUAACCCUCUUCCACUUCAUAUUGUUGUACAAACUAUACCUCCUUUGACUAGGUGCAACAGCUUCUACUUCCUGUCCUGAUAACAAUACUUCUUCUCCAUAAUUAUCUCUCCAUGUGGGAGGAACGUCCCCAUCCUAACCCUAAUAAGUAUUUUUCCCCCUAAAAUUGGUGCUGGAGCUAUUGGUUCCCUUAUAAUCAAAUGCGAUAUAUUUAUGGCUUUAAUAACUAUCAAUGUUGAAAGAGUUAAAUUGCUUCUCACUGUUGUUUUAAUAUACUGAAGUGUUAAUGUCAUUAUUGUUACUUAAUCUAGUUUCCCCAAAGCUUUGAACUCUUUGCUUGUACUUCCAUCUAUCACCACUAGUGUCACUUUUUUUUAACUCUCAGUCCUACCUCUAAUCCCUGACUUUCAAACUUUUGAUUAUAAACAAACACCCACAAUUACCUUGAUCUUCCUGCUGGGAAUUGUAAAUAUAGAUACUCAAUCACCCUCAAUCUUCUCUUAUCAUUCAGCAACGCAUACUUUCUCAAUGCAUCUGCUCCUAACAGAUCUAAACUCCUACCAUAUCUAUCUUCCCACUAAAUUCUAAAAAUGUCCUUCACCAUUGUUCUCUCUCUCUUACUACUAACUAACAUUGAAACUUAGCUUACUGUCUUAGAGUUCCUUCAACCCUAGUUCUCCUAACUUUUUUUUAAAAUCUAAUAUUUUCUCCUAACUUUUUAAAAACCUUUCCCACUGAUUUAUUCACAAAAUCCUUUACCACCAAUUUUUAGAAUAUGUGAUUGGGAAGUCCCCACCUACUUCUGACUUCUUUACACACAGACUUGGCAAACGACUGAAACACCUUUUAGCCUAGCCUGAAAUCUCUUGGUGUAAGAAUGUAACCCAGAAUAACAGUCACCCCUUUUAACUUUAUUUUUCAGACAGAUUGUCUAAUAGGCAGUCUAAUAGAUUAUCAUGCUUCCUAUGAUAUUAUCUUUUUAAGCAAAUAUGAUUCCCAAAAACCCUACUUUUUAAAAUCUUCUACCAAACAGCCGUCUAGUGUACAUCUUAUUGUACAGUUCAAUUUACACAAUGCAUCUCUUUCCAACAAUGCAAUAGGUAUAUGUUCUAAUAUUAGUAUGUCUAUUUUAAUUUCUCUUUGAGUUUUAUAGCAGAGCUCAAUUGGUUCCUUAAGAGUAAUUAGCUGUUUUACUACCUCAAAUCCCUAUCCUAAUUAGUUAAUUUUACAUAGUGAGAUGUUUAACCUCUUUAGGCUGAACACAGAUACAAGUUUUUCUACUAUUCACCUCUCCUAGUCCUUUGUUUUUACCUCAAUUGUUAGAUAUUUUCUCUUCUUCUCUAAUCGAUGCUAUCAGCUGACACCCCCCUUUGUAUCUUCUAGGCUCUAGACUCUUUGCUCCGGCCCCCUGUAGGGGUUCACCGGUCCUCCAGAUGAUCUUGACUGGCCCCUGUAUCUUCCUCUGAAAUUCCCUCUGAUGUUUCCUCCUGACUUAUUGCACUCACAGGUAAAGUGACCAAUCUGUCCACAAUUAUAACACUCUUCUGAAAGUUGCUGGAAGUGUACCUGAAAUCUUCCUCCUCCUUCUAAGCCUUCUCGUCCUCUUCCUCUCCAAUUCUGUGUUUGUCCAGAAACUGGCUGUGGAUAUGAAACACCUGGUACCCUCCUUGGCUGGUACAAUUGCAUUUGAUCUUGUUCAGUUGAAGCUGUAACAGUGAUUGUUGAUUUGGUUCACUCUGAUUCUUCAUAACCAAAGCUUCUCUUCUCCUUCUCCACCAGUUGUAUGAUUGAGUUUUUUGAGAAUUUCUUUGUCCUGUUCUUUGUUGUUGACAUAUCAGGAUUCUUCAACAGCUUAUAUUCUAAGUUCUGUCCUCGAAAUAUCAUCUUCCAUCAUCUUCUUACUUUUCUUCAGCUUCUUGGCCUCAAUGUAUUCUUCUCCUCCAAUUCUUGGGAUCCUUUUCUCAGCAGUUUCUCCUUCUGUAUCUUCUCUUCUUUAAUUGUUCAUCCAGUUGUGUUACUUCUUCUAAACUAUUUGCUUUAUCCAGGCAUGAUAAGCAUCGGUCUAUAUCUCUAUUUCUUCUUUGCUAGUCAUUGUAGGAUAAAAUCCUCUUGAACAUAAAGCACCUUUAAUCUCCAAAUCUUCAUCGCUUUCAUCAGAACUCGAAUCUCUUGUAUCCUUCUUCCUUCAACUUCCAUCUGAUCACAGAGUCAUAUCCACCCAUGAUCUCUUCUCAAUCACUCUGAUCUUCAUCUUCAUCAUCUUCUUCAAGUUCAAUCUUCCUUAACCUCACUCUUCUCUUCCAGACAUCUCAUUUUCUUCCUUCUGGAGUUUUGGAUUCAUCUUUAUCGUCGUUUCUGCUUGUCCUCUCUCUAUUAUUCGUUCAUCUUCAUCUCUGAUGCAAUAAUCACCCUCCUGGAUGAUCACUGGAAGCUGAGGAUAAACAUCCCUAAACUCUACUUCCUUCUCAUAAGGUGGGGGUGUUUUUGCUGAAUCCGUAUGUGAGAAAGGUGUACUAACUUCUGCCAUUAGUUUUUCUGUCGCCUUCUCUUCCUUUAGCAUUUUCUCUAUACCUUUGUUUAUCUUAUCGCUGGAAUCUUUUAUCAGUUUUUGUUUGAGAAUGAAGGGCAACUUUUGUUUCGUUUGCCGGAUAACCUCGCAACACCCUUAACUAAAGGAUUACUAUUCUCAACUAUAUCAACCGGUGUAAUGACUUUCAUAGCCUUGCUGUCCUUUCCCAUUGUACCAACCCUUUUAUAUUCCUUUAUUGUGAAUUAUUUUAUUUUAGACUAUAUAGCCUAUGGCUUCCCCCCUUUAAUUAUUAAUAUAAACCAAACAACCCAAAAAAAAAAAGAAUAUAUAUAUAUAUAUCAACAAAAAUAUUAAUAUUAAUAUUUAAAAAAUUCAAUUAAAAUGUAUGAAUAAUUAAACCCAUUUUUUAUUUCUAUAUCCUAUCUUACCAAUUUAUCAAUUAGUGGCUAUCUUACCACAACCCAUCAAAUGCAAGUAGUCAACUUCAGACUACACUCCUAAAAACAAAGCCUCUAACCCUACCAUUACUACACUACCCAUAAACCCCCUUGCUCUAUAAGCACCUAAUUAUUUAAAUUUUACAGAAUAAUGUCAGUCCUCGAUUCCCAACACAACUCCAAUCAACCCAAGUGAUGAACAGAGCCUCCCAAAUGCAAUUUUUAAUGAAUCAGUAUUUGCCAAGCCUAUGUGAAAUUGUCAUAACAUCAAACAUCCUGUAGGGGAAGAUUUUGCAAACAGACCAGUACCAAAACCCCUUGACUCGAUCCUCUGUCGCGUCACGUGAUGUCACGUCAGCACCCCCUCUCUUUCUCUCUCCAUCGUUCCUCUCAUAUGACAAAAGAACAGAGACACAGAAAAAGAUUUUAGUAGUUCAUGCAAUCACUGAGUUACUUUCAGCAUUCAACAUUCCUUCGUUCACAUUCGCUCUAAGAAUCAACUCAGGAAUAAAUAGAUCGCUCAAAAACAUUUUUUUUUUAAUUUAAUCGUCAUUUAAUUUAAUUUAUUAUAAUCCGUCAACAUAUAUCUAAUUUAUAGGUCACAAAACAGUUAUCUUUAACCAACAGCCGAUGUAACAACUAGAAGAUUUAAUUCAUUUUCAAAUCUUUCCUCUUUGUUCCCUCGUCUGUGUUUCUCUGUCUCCCCCUGCAGCACAGCCCAACAGAAAUAUGACACUUUACCCACAAUCCCCUUUGUUGUAGUUUUAGUAAAUAACGUGUUGUAGUUUUAGUGCCGGAAACCAAACGUGUCCUAAUCUCGUGCCAUAAACUCCCACGUUCUGUAGUGUAGUGUCGCAAAAUUACACGCAUGCGCAAAUACAUUUAACGAUACGAUUUCCAGACAAUAGACCGCUAGCAUUCCGCUACAGCUUCACUAUUUUAUACCUUAUAAUCAAACAAUUACACUUAACAGAGCUCACAUUUGCGUAGAACUCUGAAUUCUACACACACAAACAAAUUUAAGAGGGUUAUUCCAUCGCAAUGGCCCCCCUAAGGACACCCGUUAGCAUGUAGCACGCAACACAAUUAGUAUUUAGCAUUAGCAUUUAGCAUUAGCCUUUAUGUACAAUGUGGCAUGAAACACAACCAGCAUUUAUCAUUAGCAUUAGCCUUUAGCCUUUAGCUAACCUGUGGCUAGCAACACGCAACAGCUACCCUGCACUGCCCUUUCUUUGUCUUAUUUUCUACCGUUUGUGAUGCCGUGAGUUUAAUGACCAUCUACUGAGAGAUUCCCCCAAGCGGACACCCCGUCGGAUGAAAGUCGAGCAAUAAUCACAAUCAGAUAAAUUCCAUCAACCCGAGUUUUUCUUUAAAACACACCGAAUGCACAUUCUAACGCGCAAACGGAUUUUCGGCCCAUCAUUAGAUGGCCCACUCCGGGGUCUUACGCGGUACAGUGCCCUAAUGUAUACGCAUAUCUGCCUUGUAUUAUAUCUGCCAAUAUCUGCCAAUAUCUGCCGUUAAUAUCUGCCUUCAAUUGCUGUACAAUUUUAGAAUAAUUAUGACAGACUCCUAGUCGACCGCAAUAGCACCACAUCAGCACAAAACCCAAGUAAUUUAAACGGUACACCUUUCAGUGCCCUUUCAUAAACCAGCCAAACAACUAAACGCCCAAUAAUUUGUGAGGAAUCUCACCUUAGCCGGGUUGAGCGGUAGUCAUCUCGCGAUUCAGGAAUGGGACAAAGAACGAUGCAUACGGAUCCCGGACGAGCCCCCAUUAUGUCGUAUCGCGUCGAAUGCUGGUGCUCAUUGCUGUCAAACAAAGGAGUCCGCUCAUACUGAACCUUUGAUCAUAAGUUUAUUCAUAUCACAAGCUUUCAGCAUGAGUUACAGGUGUCAUGAAACCCCCGGAGAGCAGUGUCCUCGAAUUGUAAUGGCUGCUCUGCCUUCUCCUGCCUCCAGCAUAUACUUAUAAACAAUGCAAAAAGAUGGGUUGCUCCCUCUUCUGUCCAAUCACCCGUCUCCCCUGGGGCGUCACCCCACAAAUGGCUACUUUUGAACUAAGAUAAACAUUCACUCUUUGUUCCUCUAGAAUAGUCAUAAUCUUCAUACACGACACUUCCCUCCAGGCCUGAGGGGGCACACUUUCUAGUAGGCUUAGAUUGAAGAUGUGGCAAUAUCGUCCGCUAUCAUCCUCAGUUAUUUUCCAUCCAAGUUGUCAGACCCCGGUGGCUUGUCAUUGUUGAUAGACAACAAUAUUGUUUUCACUUCUUCCACACUCACUUUACAGAAUUUAAAAUUACAAUGCUUGUCUUUCAUAAUUUGGUCAGUUAUACUUGAUGUGUAGUGUCAGCAUUUGUUGCUGGCAUUUCAUGCCUAAGUUUGCUAAUCUUGCCAAUAAAAAAAAAAAUUAAAGUAAUUGCCAAUAUAUCAGUGGGUUUUGUGAUGAAUGAGCCAUCUGAUUCAAUGAAUGAUGGAGCUGAUUUUGCCUUUUUGCCCAAAAUUUCAUUUAAGGUGCUCCAAAGCUUUUUACUAUCAUUCUUUGUUAUUUAUCUUUGUAUCAUAGUGUAGUUUCUUCUUUUUAUUCAGUUUAGUCACAUUAUUUCUCAAUUUGCAGUACGUUUGCCAAUCAGCCAGACUUAUUUGCCAUUUAUUUUGCCUCAUCCCUCUCAACCAUACAAUUUUACAAUUCCUCAUCAAUCCACAGGUAUUGAACAGUUUUUACAGUAAUUUUCUUAAUGGGUGCAUGCUUAUUAGUAACUGGAAUAAGCGAUUUCAUAAAUGUGUCAAGUGCAGUGUCUGGUUGCUCCUCAUUACACAUCAUCAAUACAUAUUGAUUAUUUUAUUCCUGUGCUGUUUCUAACAACCCUGGUAGGUUGACUGAUUACCUGAACCAGGUUGCAAGCACUAGUUACAGUUUGAAGCUUUUUCUUUAGUGGGCAGCUUGAUGAAAGCCAGUCAAUAUUGAAAUCACCCAGCAAAUGUACAUUUAUAUUUAUAUCACAUGCAUUAUCAAAGAUUUCACACAUGUUAUCCAGAUACGGACUUUUAGACCUUGGUGGUCUAUAGCAGCUUCCCACCAGAAUGGGCUUUAGGUGAGGCAGAUCAACCUGAAGCCAUAUUACUUCAACAGUAUUUAACAUGAGAUCCUCUCCAAGCUUUACAGGAAUGUGGUUCUGAAUAUCAACGGCAACACCGCCCCCAUUGGCAUUUCUGUCUUUUCUGUAGAUGUUAUAACCAUGUAUUGCUACCACUGUAUCAUCAAAGGUAUUAUCUAAGUGAGUUUCAGAGAUUGUCAGAAUAUGAAUGUCAUCUGUUACUAGCAAAUUAUUUAUUUAAUGAACCUUGUUUCUUAAGCUACAAAUUUUAAUGUGAGCUAUUUUUUAGCACAUUUCUGAGAUGCUUGAUUGUUUUCAUUGCUUUACUGGAAAGCUUAGCAGAAGUAGACAUGCUCAUGUUAUUUAUGUUAGUGCAGGGUGAGCAGUAUAACUCUGGUUCAUAGGCACAUGCUUACUGUAUACAAUAGCUGUAGGAUCAGCAGAGGCAUUCAGGGCAGUUAGAGGGACAUACAUUAGGCUACUUACAUUGUGUCUUCCAAUACCAUGGGAUAAGGUACAUUUUAUAGUAUUAUAAGGCUACGUUGAGACAAUGACUUAUCAAUGACCCAAGCCCAGCUCAGUUAAUCCCAACCAUUAUGUUGCUGAGAUGUCAUAAUGACAACUCAGAUUAAGUGAGCUGGGCUUGGGUCAUUGAUAAGUCAUUGUCUCAAUGUAGCCUUAUAAUGCUGUGAAAGGAUCCAGGAACCCAAAUGAUUUGGGUGGAUCCCAUCCUCCUUAUAACACAAGCUUUGUUUCCAGGUAUCAACAUUGUCAAUAAAUGUUACACCCACAAAGCUGCAAUAGUCUUGUAGCCAGUUAUGGAGGGCAAAAAGUCUGCUGAAACGUUCAAUGCCACGGGGAGAGCACAGGGCCAGACAUUAUGGGGCAUUUGUUAGUGUCAAGCAGACACCUAAUCAGUUCUUUAAAAUCCAUCUUCAGCUGUUCUGAGCUGCCCUUCAUAAUGUCAUUGAGUCCCACAUUAACUAUGAUAGACUCAAUUUCCUGAUGCAGGUUUAAAAUGUUUGGGAGCAGCUUAUUGAUGUCCUGUACUCGUGCUCCAACAAUUCGUUUAACAUUUCACGGCCCAUAAGUAGCAGGAUAGCAUACGCCCACUGCUCCUGACGAAAGGUCCAGACCUCCCACAGCAGGCAGUGCCCCGUCAGAUCCAGAGAGAGGGAAAGAAGCCGAACACGACGACGAAGCCGCUGCUGGAGUCAGCAUAGUUGGAGUCAGCACAGCCGUUGCAGACACAGGCAGUCCCAGCGUUGAAGGUGCAGGUAGAUCAGACACCAGUGCAGCGAAGCUAUUCUAUUCAGCAUGCCGCUGCCUUCGGUUUCCAGGACUUGUGACAUGGGACCAGCGCUGAUUGGAACAAUCCUCUUGCUGUUCUCUGUCUACUCCACUACAAGAUGGAGGAGGAGAAUCAGAUGGAGACGACUUCCUUGGCAGGAUAGUUCCAGGUAGCACAGGCCAUUCGGAUAGGGACAGAGGACAAGGUGGGGAAACAUCCAUCAGGCCCGAGUGGCGUCCAACCACAGGAGUUGAGAACUGAAUCUGAACUGAAAUCUUAUCAGAAAAAACGUUGGGUCGUUUUCACUACUUUCUUUUUCCUUACAACCGGUCAAACUGAUGUCAUUUGGAAUUUUUUCACAGAAAAUCAAUUUUCUUUGCUUUAUUGUGCUUUAUCCCCAUUCCCUGAAGGUCUUUGCUACGCAAAAUAUAACAGAGAAAACUAUAUAGAUUGAAGCAUUCAUUCUAUCAAUCUAUUACAUUAUUCUGUUGAGCAAGGGUUUAUUUGGUCUAACAUAUAAUGACAAAAGAGAAGCUACAUGUAUCUAAUUAUAGACAAGUUGACUAACAAAUAGCCUACCAAAAUGUCAGAAAUUAUAAGCAGAAGCAUAUCGUAAUCAUGCAAAAACAAAUCAUGCAGCCCCUGUCAAAAAAUCUUUCUGCCAUCUGACUGUAGCAUAUAGCUCAUUUUCUAUAUUUGCGGGUUAGCGUUGGGCCUCAGAUUUUCACUUUAUCACAUAUAGUCGGGCGGUAUCAGAUGGGUAAUUAGCAAUUGCAGGUGAACAAACAGCUGACCCGCGCACCACUAAAAUGUAUGGCUUCUUAUAAUUUGACCAGAGUAAAUACAAAUGUGUUAUAUGUAAUUUAUCUCAUAAUUCAUCUUAAUUAUUUAGAAGGUUGCCAGAAAACAGUAUGACCCACCAAUCAAGUAUUAUGCAGGGUCGUCACGUUUUUGUGAAUGUGCAUUUAGCAGAGUUUUAUCUUUGUCUUGAGUAAAUACUGCAGCCUGUCAUUAACCUAAAGGAAUGCCACAGAAGUGAAACUUUGGUAAUAAAUCUGCACUCAAAGAAAGAUGUUUGACUUUCAAAAAUAAAACACACACAUACACAGGUUUGCCACACAUGUUUGCAUAGGCCAACUCUGGUAUUGAUGUAGACAUACCUGAUUCAAGGAAAGGGGUGUGGAUUUGUUAUGAUUGCAGAAACGAAACUCAUGGAAGAAAAGACAGAGAGAAAUAGAGAGCAAACACACAGGGAGUAUAUAAGCCUAAAGUAAAGGAAGAUAGCAUCAGCUGAAAGGUACUGGCAAUAUGUUUUUUCUUACAGUAAAAACAGAUUGUAUGACUUUUAUCUGUACAUUAUGCUACCAUCAUGAUGUGUUGACGUAGGAUGUCAAGGAAUGAUGUUCAACUGUCAUGUAUUAUUGAUUGUUUGUUAUUGACCAUGUACAGGUACGAUAGAUGUAAUCCAUUAUGACAUGAUGGAAUACUGUUGACAGACAUAUAUUAUACUUUGAAGGACUAUGGUAAAACUACUUUUAUUAUUAUUUCUGUAUCAAAACUAGUCAACAGUAUAACCUCAUUCAAUAAUCCAUGGAAUAGUCAAAAGUAUGUAAGUAGGUAGGUGGGUAGGUAGGUAGGUAGGUAGGUAGGUAGGUAGGUCAGUACAGUAGGUAGGUAGGUCGGUAGAUAGGUAGGUCGGUCGGUCGGUCGGUAGGUAUUUACACACAGUGCCUUAGAGGCUUCUCUCGUUACAUGGGUGUGUCAGUGGUCAUACCAUCUGUGGGUGUACCUGUUUGUCUUACUGCGCAAUCUCAUUUGACUGAUGCAAAUACCUCCAUAGACAAUGUAUCAGGAUGGUGUUGUACUGUUCCUGUACCAGCAGAGGGCGACCAAACAGUGUUAAUGUUAAUACCUCAGUUACACAGCAAAGUUGUGAGUAUACUGUACAGCAGUGUUUUCCCAACUCGGUCCUGGGGACCCCAAAGGGUGCAUAUUUCGUUUUUUACCCUAGAACUACACAUCUGAUUCAAAUAAUGAACUCAUCAUCAAGCUUUGAUUAUUUGAAUCAGCUGUGUGGUGCUAGGGCAAAAACCAAAACGCUGCUGCAAUGUGAAUUGUUAAAGUAACAUGAAAAUGGGUUAAGUAACUUCGAUUAUCAGAACUUGAGUGUCCACAAAUAAAAUAGAUUACACCACAUUGAUGCAUCUCUAAUAUGCGUUAAAGUCUCUUAAAUAGGCAAUCAGCAGUUGAAACAAUAACAAAGUGUGAUUCCCACCCUUGUUUCGGUAAAAAGCUUAGCGAUGGGGCUGGAGAAAUCUAACCACUCUUAAAAUAAUUGACAGACCUGUGGGUGCAAGGACUGACCAUCCAUUAUAUCAAGAUUAUAGUUUUAACCAUGUUUUAAAGAACACAGUGUUUGUUUACAUUUACAACAUUGUUUACAAACAUUGGAGUAACACAAGCUUAUAUUUUCGGUUCUGAUGGGGUACGACAGUUGAACUAAGCUCAUGAGGCAUUUAUAAGUUAUAUCGUUCAAGAAUCAACAGGUACAUAUCAAUUUAUAAGUCGCAAAAAAGAUGUAGCAACUGAAGACUGCCUGUUUAAUGAACGAUGAAUAAUGAAUCUGAUAUCUUUAACAUCCCAUAUUAGAGAUGGCCUUCUCAUCUGCAGUCUCCAUCUCCAUUGACACCCCUGUUCUGAUCGAGCAGCACCUGAACUGCUCAAUCUGUCUGGGCCUGUUUAAGGACCCUGUCACCACCCCCUGUGGCCACACCUUCUGCCAGUCCUGCAUGGAAUGCAACCUCCACUUCAACGACCUCAUAUGCCCUGUCUGCAAGAAGCAUCUGAGGAGGAACCCACAGGUGAAUUAAUGCUAGAUAAACUCAAUAUAACACUUCCUGUCUUAGCCAUUUUCCCCACUACAUCAACCUGUUGUUUGGGGGAUGUAUUGUACUAAAAUCUAAUCAAAUGAGAUGCUUCGUAAACAACAGGUGAAAUGCUUACUUAUGGGCCCUUCCCAACAAUGCAGAAAGAAAAAAUUGAGAAAUAGUAGAACAAAUAUUACACAAGGAAUACAUAGAAAAAUAAUAACACAAGGAAUAAAUAUACAAUGAGUAAUGAUAACUUGGCUAUAUACACGGGGUACCAGUACCAAGUCGAUGUGCAGGGGUACGAGGUAGUUGAGGUAGAUAUGUACAUAUAGGUAGGGAUAAAGUGACAAGCAACGGGAUAGAUAAUAAACAGUAACAGCAUCAAAUUGAUAAACAAAGCACAAUAUCACCCACAGGUGAACAUCAUCCUCAGUACCCUCAUUCAGGAGUUGAAGAAGGCCCAGGAGAGGAAGCCAGGGGAGUAUUCUGGAGCUCCAGGUGAGGUGGCCUGUGACAUCUGCACCGAGAGGAAGCUCAAGGCCCAUAAAUCCUGUCUGGUGUGUCUGGCCUCGUACUGCGAGACUCACCUGGGCCCCCACACCUCAGCAGGCAGGCUGAAGGGCCACAGGCUGGUGGCCCCUGUGGAGGACCUGGAUGGGAGGGCGUGUCUGACCCACGGUCGUCCCCUUGAGCUGUACAGCAGGGCAGAGGGGCGCUGUGUCUGUGCCCUCUGCGUGGAGGAGGGUCACGAGGUCAUCUCCGUGGAAACGGAGUGGGACAGGAAGAAGGUGUCAUAUUGUCAUAUUUUCAAUGGGUUUUCAUACUGUCAUAUUUGCAAUGGGUUCAAUAAUGGCUGUAGACGUUGCGCUGUGUUUCCAGGUGUAUAGUAAUGGCUGGGUCUGAAUGAGAGCGUGUAUCGAGUGAUGAAAUUAACUAAUCACAAAACCAUGAGAUAGUUUAAUUGUGUGUGUGUUUGUGUGUGUGUGUGUGUGUGUGUGUGUGUGUGUGUGUGUGUGUGUAUACAUGUUUGUAUGUCCUAGGCUAACCUGGGGAGCACCAAGGCUGAUAUGCAGGAGAGGAUCCUGAAGAGGGAGACAAAGCUGGAGGAGAUCAGGGUGUCUGUGGAGCAGUGCAAGGUGAGGCCUGGUUGAGUCAGAGUGAAGUGCUACAUGUCUACCGGCAGAGAUGGAGGACUGGAACAGUGCACAUGAGACCAAGUUACAAGCACAGAGAGAGGGAACCAAGAUAGUACAAUUAAUCUGGACUGUCUCCACAAAGACAUGAGGAACUAUAACUCUAAAGGGAUACUUUUGUGAGUCGGAGUGAGUUACUACAUGUCUACCUGCAAACACAGAGAUGGAGGACUGUAACAGUGAAAUAGUUAACCAUGAGACAGGCGGAGAGACCUGUUGCACAUAGAGAGGGACAGGGAGAAAGAGAGACAUGAAACACAGACAGUGAGACAAGCACAGAGAGAAUAGUAAAGUGAAAAGUGAGGCAGACAGAGGCAAACAGACAGGAGGGAGAUAGACAUUGAGGGAAUACUAAGUUGUUGUCCACCAUCCAUCCUCUAGGCCCACGUGGACAGGGAGAGGAGGGAGAUUGACUCUGUGUUCAAAGCAGUGAUGGCAGCUGUAGAGGAGACCCAGCGAGAGGCUCUCAGGCCCCUGGAGGAGAGGCAGCAGGAGUUGGAGAGAGAGGCAGGAGAACUCAACCCAGGAGCUGUGGAGAGAGAUCAGAGAACUGAGAGAAACCAUUGGUCAACUGGAGGAUGUUGCUGACCUGGAAGAUCACAUCGACUUCCUGCAGGUGAGUGACUUUACUUUGACUUUAACCCUUUUACUCUGUGAUCAACAAGGGAUCUCCACUGGCACCACACUCUGAACAUUCUGCAAGCUGUUCCAAAGUUAGUUGAUGCGUGUGUUUGUGUACCAGUAUUGUGUGAAAUGCAGAUCAUGGAUUGUACUGGACAGGAGUGUCUAUUGCCUUUCUAAAAAUGCUUGAAUUUGAAUGACAUAAUAAUGAAACAGUAUAAUGAAAAACAAGUGUUCAAUGAUCUUUGUCAUCUUUCUCCGUUAAUAUCUCUCUCUCUCUCUCUCUCUCGAUUCUUCUCUCUCCCUCUCUUUCCUUCCCUCUUCCCUCCAUCUGUCUCGCCACCAGACUUUCCCGUCCCUGUCGGGGCUGGGUGAUGGUAGAGACUGGACCGAGGUCUCCGUUGAUACUACACUCUCCUUUGGCACCAUGAGAAGCAGCUGGUCGACCAUGAUGGAGAGAAUCAAGCAGGAGCUGGAGAAGCUCUCCUCAGUUGGUAAAAGAUUGAGACAAUAUAAACAGUACUAAAAAUCAUAAAUAUUGUAAGGCCUACUUUCCAGUGUUUUUCUGUUUAGCUUGAUAUGUUGCAAGUACCCUGACAUCCCAAAUAUGUGAUUUCUUCCACAGAACUUGAGAGGAUCCUAAAGUUUGCA